CCUCAACGUCACGCCUGCCGCCUCCAUUCGACCUUCGCUGCCGUCAACUCUGCCCAACUGCCAGUAGCACCAACACACAAAUACCAAGACACACGCGCUUCGAAUUCCAGCGGAAGGGCAAUUGGCCAUCGCGUCGCCCGUGUCGCCGACGCGGUGCCGUUCCGAGCUAUGAUCGUUGCUUCACGGAGCCCGUGAACGCUCGCUCGCCAGUCCAGCCUUCCCUCCAGCCUUCUCCAGGAUGUGGCUCGACAGGCUCACAGUUCAGGGGACCUCAGGGCCCUCAUCCCAAUCCACCAGCCGCGCCGCCUCGCCCCUCCCGCGACGGACAUCGAGCAUUCGCGGCCCCUACCUGACCUCAUCCCGAUCGGCCCGCGCCUCGUCCUUGUCGCUCGCCUCCAGCGACUCCAGCCUUUCUCUGCUCGCAUCGGCGCGCCGGACCAAUGGAUCUGCCCUCAAGCAGUCAACUACGGUGGAUGAUGGCGGCAAGGCGAUUGAAUUGCUGACCAAGCUUCUCGGCGACGAACCGGCGGCGGAAAAGACACCGGCACCACUAACCGAGGAGGACCUCGACCUGGAAUUCGACCUCGCCGGCCUGUCCCUGAGUGAACUGGCCAUCGAGACCAGCCGCGACGGGGGUUAUGAGCCCUAUAGGUCACACACCACCCAAGAGUACGAACUCGGAAAGGCCAGGUUCGAGGACUUGUCCAAGUCGAUCCGAGCCUGUGACGACGUUCUGAGCUCAGUGGAGGCGAACCUUACGAGUUUCCGAAACGACCUCGCAACGGUUUCGGCAGACAUAGAGAGCCUACAGAACAGGUCCGCGGCUCUCAACGUGAGGCUGGAGAACCGGAAGGCGGUAGAAAAGGGCCUCGGCCCGAUAGUGGAGGAGGUCAGCGUGUCUCCUCUUAUCGUAGCCAAGAUCUCGGAAGGGCAUAUCGACGAGCAAUGGGUGCAGGCCCUGCGUGACGUGGAGAAACGUGCGGCGGCGAAUCGGCAGAGCUCGAAUCAAGGCAAAAGCAAAGCCUUGGCAGAUCUGGAGCCGUUGCUUGAGAAGCUGGUGGUCAAGGCCAUCGAACGGAUACGGGAUUUCUUGGUCGCCCAGAUCAAAGCCUUGCGCUCCCCAAACAUCAAUGCUCAAAUUAUCCAGCAGCACAACUUCCUCAAGUUCAAAGAUUUGUUCGCCUUUCUUCGUAAGCACCACGCUACACUCGCCGACGAGAUAUGUCAAGCGUAUAAGAACACAAUGAGGUGGUACUACCUGGACCAAUUCACCCGCUACCAAAAGGCGUUGGAGAAGCUCAAACUGCACACUCUUGAUAAGAACGACGUCUUGGGCCACGAUGAUUCGGCGCGCAAGACCACGGUGCUGUCCAGCUCCAGGAUCCCGGGCCCGCCGCAUGAUGCCUUCAACCUUGGGCGGCGCGUGGACGUGCUGAAGACCAGCAGCCACAUGGCUUUAUCGUCGUACCUAGCAGAAGAAGACAAGUCGACGCAUUACUUGGAGACUCCCUUCCGCAACUUUAAUCUUGCAUUGAUCGACAAUGCGACGGCCGAAUACACAUUCCUAAUCUCGUUCUUCUCGCCGGCAAUUCCGGCUGCCUCCCUAUCUCGCCAUUUCGACUAUAUUUUCGAGCCAACCUUCGCUCUGGGCCAGACGCUAUUGCGGUCCCUAGCGGGCGACUCUUUCGACGGGCUAGGGCUCCUGCUCUGCAUCCGACUGAACCAACGGUUUGCCUUUGAGCUGCAGCGUCGGCGCGUGCCGGCGGUAGACGGCUACAUCAACGCGACUAGCAUGCUCCUCUGGCCGCGGCUUCAGGUGGUCAUGGAUCACCAUUGUGAGUCGAUCCGGGCCCUGACCAGCGCGCUCCCCUCGCGGCCGCAGUCCCUCACGGGCGCCGCGGCGCAGCAGCACUCGGCGGCCCCCCACGUUGUCACGCAGCGCUUUGGCCAGCUGCUCCACGGGCUCGUGGCGCUCAGCGCCGAGGCGGGCGACGACGAGCCCCUCGUCUCCAGCAUGCGCCGCCUCCGCUCCGAGGCCGAGGCCUUCCUGACGCGCUACAGCCAGGCCUGGUUCGGCAAGGACAGGAGGAAGCGCGAGCGCUUCCUCUACAACAACUACUCGCUCAUCUUGACCAUCCUCAGCGACGCCGAAGGGAAGCUGGCUGCCGAGCAGCAGGAGCAUUUUGAGGGGUUGAAGACUGCAUUCCAGGAAACAGCGUAGAGACGCGCGAUUCCGUGGCCUUUCGGUGUCCGGCUGAUGUCGCAAUAUUUUCCUAUAACCAUUUCUCACCCAAUUUUUAUACCACGUAGCGUGGGUCUCUGUGGACAGUGUAUCCUAGAAAAAACACCAUGGAGGAGGGUUGGUAGGAAAAAGAAAAAGCGUUCAGAUAAUUAGGAAAGCCUUUUAUUAUAUCUAAACAAGACCUUGCCUGCUCGGUCUCGACUGGUGUAGUCGUGUGUAAAAGUUCCAUCCAGGUUUUGAG